UCGAAACACAAUCGAAAUUGGCCUUGUCCCAGCUCCUUUCCUUGACUUUUACGCGCUAUUUUCUUGCUGAGCGACGCAUUUGCAUUUGUUGGUCGUUGAAUUUGUAUCAAAACUUAUAUUGUGAUUGCAAACAUGAAUGUUCCCUUUGAGCCCCGUACUCUGGUUAAUGGCGGCAUGCUGAAACAGUUUGCCGGCCAAACCGUCAGCAUCAUGGUGCGCGUGGAGAGCGUUGCCGGGACAACGCUAAUGGGCCUCAGCACGGAUAACCAGAAGCUGCGCAUUAGCCUACCCAGCGAGCUAGGCGCUGCCCAGGGCGCCUGGGUGGAGGUUAUAGGCAUUCCAAAUGCUGGCGACGCCAUACGCGCCAAAGAGGUUAUUGAAUUUGGCGGCGACAACAUUGACUUUGACACGGAUAGCUACAACGCGAUGACCCAGUUGCUGAACAAUGUGAAGCAGUUCUAUCGCCAUGGCUAAGUAAAAGUUCCGUCAUGCUGUAUGCCCUAAGCCCUCAGCCUCCAACUAGGUUUAAGUCCAUUCUUUUCAUGUUUUUUUUUUUUUUAUAAAUAAACACGUAAUUAUUUUCCAAAUA